GGAUAUGAUAGGGAUUAUGAGGUCUGACUUUGCACUGGCAUAUUGGAGAAUUCGACAUAGGCCUAUUAACGCAUCAGUCGAUGUCUAAGGCGACCUUGCUUUUGUAAAAAACAAAUUAUUACCUUUCUUUCCAUUUUGCGAGGAAUUACCAAAGCUAUCGCAACAUUGUUGCACAAACAUGUUAAGGAAUGCAACAUCUCAAUAUUAAGCAGAUUUUGUCGUGUUGUUACUUAAAAGUAGCGGAAACAGAGCGCGUAUGAGCUUCCCCGGCACGAAUUUAAAGGGACAAGAAUCUUCGCCUAGUGAUUGUGCGUAUUGUACUUGUACUGUGUUUUCGAUUGCGUAUUCCGGUCCGCGCUGGAACUGCGAGGCAUCCGUAGCAACUGAUUUCCAAGCAUUGGUGGAGCUAGCUCACCAGCGAGGAUUUUUUUUCUCUGCGGAAAGUUUUAUAAUACGACACCAUGAGUGAUUCCGCCAAGGAUACAGUGUCUCCGAAGGAGAAGGAUGGAGCCGAGAAGAGGGGACGCGGGAGACCAAGAAAACAUCCACAGGAGCCCAGUGGGUCUCCGACUCCAAAGAGGCCCAGAGGGAGGCCAAAGGGCAGCAAGAACAAGACCUCCUCUUCCUCCAAGGGCAAAAAAGCUACGGCACCAGCAUCUGCAGGGAUGAAACGCAGAGGAAGACCCAAGAAGGUGAAAGAGGAACAGGCCUCCAAGGAAUCCUCUGAGGAGGAGGAGGAAGAAGAGGAAGAACAGUAACCGUGCAACUUAUGCUACCUCACAAUUCAAUAUGACGGCUUCCUGCCAGCCAGAUCUGGACUGAAACUCUUACCCCAGAGCCACCCUAACCUCUCUCCUGUCGCUAACCUCUGUCUUCUCUCACUCCCGUACUCCAAUGGGGGGUUCGCACAGAACUCAUGCAUUUGACUUUUUUCCUCUGCGACACCACUGGAAGACACAACUAGGCUAUGUAUAUCCAUACAUAUAUCACGGCUUCCAUGUGUAUAUGUAUAUGGGAGUUCUGUUCACUCUGGGUUAUCAGCUUAUAUCAAAUGUUAUUGUCUGUGUACCUGGCGACGGUUCUGUUCCGUUGAGUCUUUUAGGCCUAAAUGAUUACUGUUAUAGGAUAUUUUGCAUUUGACAGUUUUAGAAGCGACAGAUCGCAGGACAGCUUUUCUGCUUUCUGCUUAUUUUCUCUGUACUCCUUCUACAUCUAUCUGAAUCCGAGCUGGUUGGUUUGGGUGUGUGAACCAUUAAUGUCAUUUUAUACUGGACAAAGGUGAAUUUACCUACUCUUUGUUUUUAAUUUGAUGUGUGUUUGUGGUGUAGUUAUUCAAAAUAAUAUUCACCUAUCACUUUAUCUUCUUCGUGGAAGAGCAAAGUUUUUGCGCAUAUUGUAGUUUGGUUUGUUUGUUUGUUUGUUUGUUUUUUUUGCCUCAUUCUCAGUGCAACCUUUUAUAAACCCUGACCAGUUUUCCACUGUUUUAAUGCCCAGGUGUCAAUUCAAGCCAUCUUUCAUCUAAUUACACAUAAUCGCUUAUGAAAAAGCCUAGAGGUAGACCCUGCACUCGAGAACGCUUGUACAGACUGAUGUGAGGCUCUACGCUUUGUUGUGGACCUGUUUCGACAACUAGUGGGUGUCUGUUCAUGAGUCGCCACAGCGACACCUGGCUUGUAACAGGCCUUCGUGUCACUGCCCUUUAUAGCUUCUGUGAUUCGCACUGUCUUACUGUGUAGUGUGGCGUUUCAUUACUUUAAUGCAGCCCAGAGCUAUGGUACGUCUCUCACACGAUUAAAAAAACACACACAGAAACAUGCUUACAGACAUGCAACUGGUCAGCAAGACCAUCCUAGUGCAGGGGCUGAAGAGGUUCAUGUCCAUCCACAUUCUGUUGGCACCUGACCCCUGCUGUCGUGUUGGCAAGCUGUGUGUUUACUUUUUUCUCGACUUGACUGUUCUUGAGUAGCUGAUGUCAUGGUUUUUUGACUAGGUGUGAAAUGGUGGACCAUUCCAUGUCUUGCAACUCCUUACCUGCUUUAGACGUCCUCUUAAGUGUUGGCCACGGUGUACAAGAAGUGGAUGUUCUGGUUUUUCCACAAGAAGGCAGCAUUUUGGGCUGUAUCUCAUGUUUGUGAAAUGUCCUGCCUGCUCUUGGUAAAAGGCUUGGUAUAUUUUUUUUGUAGUGCUUCUGGAAAGGUUUUUCUUCUCCGUGUCAGGGAAAAGGGAUCACAGUCCAGUGAUCUCUCCACAGAACUUAUGCUGCUACAAACUCGGACAUAAAAACCCAGAAUACUGCAAUGGGACCUAGUGCUCUCUGGCGCUGGUCUGCAAACUCAUACCUCACUUGACAACAGCUUACUUAUACCAUAUUAGUUUCAGCUGGUCUUAGAGCAGCCUGGCUGAGGAGCGUGCGAUGAUUCAAGUACAACGUCUGUAUUAUUGUGUUUUUAGUUUUAGUUCAAUUUUUUUUUUGUCUAACAUUUUUGGAC